AUGCCUCUUCCACCCGACGCAACCCUCACCCUGCAGGGGCAGCCUGGUCCCGGAGAUCUUAUGCACACCAAACCCAAACAGGCCAUGUUGUUCCGCAUGUCGGCGGAGACCUUCGAGCAGCUGGAGGACGCGCAGAACCUCCCCAAACUGCACUUCGAGUUCGGGAAGAACCCAGGACUCUAUAUCCAUGAUUCCUUUUACUCUGUACGAGCCGACCAAGAGAACGGCCCCCACGAGCUAUACCUCCGCAUGGCUUCGGCGCAAAAGCCCAUGGCCCCCCUCAAGAUGUACGCCAACGUCAUCGGCAAGUUUACUGUGGACCGCCAGCUCGGGGAGAAGGUCGAAAGUUCGGUGCGUGACCGAACGCUAGAGGCCGAGAAACAGCGCACCGAGCGCAAGGCCAUAUACCUCGACACGCCCCCGGAUUUGAGCCGUUCCAGCGUAAAGGGGAGACGGAAAGACGCCACGGCCCCUCGUCGUCCAGCUCUGCCCCCGGUCAACCGCCCGCCGUCGGGCAUGAAGACGAGGGUGGCGUCACCGCUUCCGGCCUCUGGCUCCCACGGCAAUGGAUCAACAAACGAGGUUCCCCCGACGAGAGCGCGUCUGAUCCAUUGCCUGGCGCUCAAGCCUCGGACAUCCGAUCAGGCCAUCGGGUUGUGUGUGGGGAAGGAUCCUUCUCCGCAGAUGAAGAAGGAAGUGAUCUCACUGUUGCACAGCGUGGGGCAGCCGAAGGUUGGAACUAGGGGCAGCGGUCCUGAUACGCCCCAGCUAUGGGAGCUGAAGCCCGAGUCGUGGCGCGACGUGCGGCCGUACGGAUGGCCCUUGUUGGAACCGGACGAACGCCUGAGUCUAUCGCGGCAGGCACGCGGGAUCUACAAGAGCCUGAGGAUCCCCGAGUCCGACCCUGUCUGGGAGCAUGCGCGCUAUCGCGAAGCCGACGGCGCGUCGGCCAAGUCAGCGGCGGGCCCCAGCGCGGGGGGCGUAGAGCCCAAGAAGGGCAUGAUGUCUAAAGGCCCGACGAAGAAAGCGAAGCCUGCGGAGGGAGUGCGGAAGAAGGUGCCAGAUAUCAUCAUCGCGAAGGACGAAAGCGCGCGUCCGGGUCGAGAUGAGCACAGCGUCAAGGGUAGAGCGCGCGAACGCGACACGGACGAGGGAAGCGGCGCUGGUACGCCCACUAGCGCGACGCGGCCUACGAUCCGGAGGCCUGGAUCCGGAUUCAAGCUCAUCCCGAAGGUGUCCGCCACACCAAACGGUCAAUUGGGCUCCCGGACGGCGCGGACGGUGCGGACUGCCGGGGCUGGAGGCUGGAGAACGAGUCGGUAA